AUGUCCGUCAAGACCCCCCCCAUCAAGGACAUCCUCGAGAUCACCGAGGACAAGGAGAACGGCCUCACAUUGAUGAAGAAUGUCUCGAUUCCUCUGAAGGACUCAUCACUUCCCAUCCGAGCCAAUGUCUACCUUCCGCUCUCGACCGACAAGGCGGCUCGCUACCCCGUGCUGGUUACCUACGGCCCAUACGGCAAGGAUAUUCCGUACGCCAAGUUCUACCCUAAAUCUUUCAGCGAGGUCAACCCCGAACAGAGGUCAAAGUAUUCGGCCUGGGAGACUCCAGAUCCCGUGUACUGGACCAGCCAGGGCUACGUCAUCCUUCGAGCCGAUGAACGUGGUCUGGGCCAGAGCCCGGGUCUGCUGGACACCAUGAGCCGUGGUACAAGCGAGUGUUUCUUUGAUGUCGUCGAAUGGGCUACGGACCAGCCUUGGUCAAACGGCAAAGUCGGCUUGCUGGGUAUUUCCUAUUAUGCUGGUGUGUUCUUUCCUGUCCCGUCCCGCUCUCAGUGGCGAGUUGCCGCCCGCCGACCAAAGGGCCUCGCAGCCAUCAUACCAUGGGAGGGCAUGUCCGACUACUACCGCGACCGCUGCCGUCACGGUGGCAUUUACUCCAACAAGUUCAUUGGUGUUUGGUGGAAUCGCCAGGUCCUUGUGAACCAGUACGGCCGCAAGGACAGAUCCAAAUUGGACUUUCCUCCUGACGGGCCAGGAGCCAGAGGUCAGGAAGACACCAUUGAGGGUGACUUGCCUGAUGAUGUCUUGGUUGCCAACCGACAGGACCAGACCAAAGAUAACGAGGCAAACCGCUUCCGCGAUGAUGAUUACUACGCCAGCAAGGAGUACAAUCUGGAAGACAUUGAAGUCCCUGUACUGAGUGUUGCGAACUGGGGUGGCAUUCUUCUUCACCUGAGAGGCAACGUCCAGGGUUACCUCGGGGCCGGCUCCAAGCUCAAGUAUCUUCGCUUCAUCACAGGCCGUCACGACUUGCCCUUCUACUACCCCGAGGAGGUUGAGUUGCAAAAGAGUUUCCUCGAUGCGUUCUUGAAGGGCGACGAUCGCGUGGGCUGGAGCCAGCCUGGCAAGGUGUCUCCCGUAACGCUCACGCUGCGGAAGGGCAACAUUGGUUUCAAUGACGCCCAGAAGGAGAAGGCAUACGAGAAGCGCGAGGAGAGUGCCUGGCCCAUCCCGCGAACGAAGUACACAAACUACUAUUUGACGCCCGACCUGGGCCUAACAGCCGCCGGAGCCAGCCACGACUCGGAGAAAGUCUCAUAUAAAGCACUUGGCUCACUCGAUAGCCCGCAAUACGUCUCCUUCACCACCGCUCCAUUCGAGCAAGAGACAGAAAUCACAGGUCACGUCGUGGCUCAUCUCAAUGUUUCCGUCACGCCCGAAAACGCCGGGAACGACAAUGAUAUCGAUCUCUUCGUCACUCUGCGCCACAUUGACCCUAACGGCCAAGAGGUGUUCUACACCGGAACCGCUGGAGACCCUGUGCCUCUCGUCAAGGGCUGGCUGCGGGUGAGCAACCGCAAGGUGCAUGACGAAAACCCGAAGCACAAGUCAUGGCUGCCGCACAGAGAGUACCUCUCCACUGAUGUCCAGCCCGUCAAAGCUGGCGAGGUAUACGGUGUAGAUGUCGAGAUUUGGCCCACCAACGUCGUUGUCGAUAAGGGUGGCAAGCUUAUUUUCGAGGUCGGAAGCGGCGAUACGCAAGGCAGUGGCAUUUUCCAGCACUCUUCCGAAGUUGACAGGCAAGUAUAA